AUGGAUCGGACGGAUCUACUGGAUCAAGAGAAACUCGAACAAUCAAGCCACUCGACCAUGGAGCACCGCCAACAUAGUCAGGCGCCGUCGCAGAAGACAGCCUGGCCCAGGUGGGAACGCAAGGGCAAAGAGAAAAGCACCAUUGCCCGCGCAUGCUCAUGGGUCGUGGAUCAUCAGAUCAGCAUCUCCGUCAACCUCAUAUCUAUGCUCUUCUUUAUACACUUUGUCUUCCCCUCGGCAAGGCACCACACCCAAAAGUUCUUCCAAAUUUCCUACUACAACCCCGCGACCGGCAACUUCGCCCUGGGCUGGGACGAUAUCUUCUUUGUCUUCUACUGGACCAUCGUCUUCACCGGCCUGCGUUGUGCUACCAUGGACUAUCUCCUUGGUCCGCUUGCCGCUUUUUUGGGCAUUCGAAAACGAAAGCCAAAGGUGCGAUUUGCGGAACAGGCCUGGAUCCUCUGCUACUACACUGUCUCCUGGUGUACAGGCAUGUAUAUCAUGUACAACUCCGACUAUUGGCUCGAUCUCCGCGCUCUAUGGAGGACGUGGCCAGACCGCGAAAUGGAAGGAAUGGCCAAAUGGUACUACCUGGUCCAAUUCGGGUUCUGGCUGCAACAGAUAGUUGUGGUGAACAUUGAGGAGCGCCGGAAGGACCACUGGCAGAUGUUCACGCACCAUAUUGUGACUUGUUCACUCAUUUUCACAUCCUACGGCUAUCAUCAAUACCGCGUCGGGACGCUGAUUCUCUGUCUAAUGGACUUCGCCGACAUCAUCCUGCCCUUCGCCAAGAUCCUCAAGUACCUCCAUUUCGAGUUUGCAUGCGACGUUGCAUUUGGUGUUUUCAUGGUGUCCUGGCUGAUUGCCAGGCAUGUUCUAUACAUGACUGUCUGGUACAGCAUCUACGCCCAUAUCCCAGAGGAAAUCAAGUACGGAUGUUAUAAAGGCAGCGUACAGAAUCUGGAAGGUCCAUUCCCGACGCCCAACGACUGGGACCAUCUUAUCCAACCAUUCAAGAACCCUGUCGGACUAGUCUGCUGGAAUAACAACAUCAAAUGGGCCUUCUUGAUCAUGCUCCUUGCUCUCCAGGUGAUGUUGAUUCUCUGGUUCGGCAUGAUCGCACGGGUUGCCUGGAAAGUGCUCUCUGGCAAUGGGGCAGAAGAUGUGCGCUCGGACGACGAGGACGACGAAGAAGAAGAAGAAGUACCGGAAGGGAAGUCGUCGAGAGAUUAUGUCGACAAAGUGAACCUCUGCGUCGACCCCCAGGAAGAGUACCUAGAAACGGAAAUCCUCAGCACGGAUCCGAACUUUUCUCUUUCGAAGUCUUCCAAAUCGCGCACAAAAUCAAGGUCCAAGUCCAAGUCCGCAUCGCCAUCCUCCUCGGUGGCAGGUAGGCAAUCAACACCAGAGUCAUCUAUCGCCGGCUCCAGCAGUGGUGGGAGGAGGAAACAGAAGCACGAAUCUGCACAUUCCUCCGGCGUCAACCUGCUUGGGGGUAGCAGUGAUCGCAAGGAACUGCUUGGCCGCAUCGGUUGCGAUAAAGGCUCUUCGUCCGACUGA